CCACCAGCGCUCCGAGCCAUCCCCGCGCUUCUCGCUGACUGCUCGGACCCCCGCAGCCCGGGAAGGACGUCAUUCCAGGCCAGGUGCCCGUUCCGCCAGGCAGACCUGCAACCCGGAAAGACAGUGCGGCGGAGCCCGGAGCCGGAUCCUGCUUGGACAGGGCCCCCGGGGACCGGUGUCGCGGGCAUGUCGGAAGCGCGCAAGGGGACCGAAGAGCCGGAUGAGAGCCAGUGUGAUUCGGGUAUCGAGUGUCUGCGCUCUCUGCGCUCCCUGCCCUCCCUGCCCGAGUCCACCCCGGCCUCAGCCUCCGGGCCCUCGGACCGGGGAGGCCCCCAGCCCUGGACCCAUCAUCCUCCGGGAACAACCAAAGAGCCACAGGGGAAGGAAGACACAGACGGGGAGAGGGCUGACUCCAUCUAUGGUUCCUCGUCGCUCACCGAGUCUUUGACCUUUUGGGGAGGCCCUGAGACCGAAAACCCAUCCCCAGGCUCGCCGCCACCUCCAGUUGGGGCGCUGAGCCCUCAGCAGCUGGAAGCACUCACUUAUAUCUCUGAGGACGGAGACACGCUGAUCCACCUGUCCGUAAUUCACGAGGCCCCAGCUGUGCUGCACUGUUGCCUGGCUUUUCUGCCCCAGGAGGUCCUGGACAUUCAGAACAACCUUUACCAGACAGCACUCCAUCUGGCUGUACAUCUGAACCAGCCAGAUACAGUUCAGGCCCUAGUGCAGAAGGGGGCCAGCCGCAUGCUACAGGACCGGCAUGGUGACACAGCCCUGCAUGUGGCCUGCCAGCGCCAGCACCUAGACUGCGCCCACUGCCUGCUGAAGGGUCAGCCAGAGCCAGGCAGAGGACCAGCUCACUCCCUGGACCUCCAGCUGCAAAACUGGCAAGGUCUGACCUGUCUCCACAUUGCCACCCUGCAGAGGAACCAGCCACUUAUGGAACUGCUUCUUGAAAAUGGAGCUGACAUUGAUGUGCAGGAGGGCACGAGUGGGAAGACAGCGCUGCACCUGGCUGUGGAGACCCAGGAGCGGGAUCUGGUGCACUUCCUGCUCCAGGCUGGGGCCCGGGUAGAUGCCCGUAUGCUCAACGGGUGCACACCCCUGCACCUCGCUGCAGGCCGGGGCCUCAAGAGCAUCUCAUCCACUCUGCGUGAGGCAGGCGCCGACUCUCUGCUGCGGAAUGUGGAGGAUGAGACGCCACAGGACCUGGCUGAGGAUCCCUUUGCUCUUUUGCCCUUCGAUGACCUGAAGAUCUCUGGAAAGCCGCUGAUGUGUGCCGACUGAAGCCAGGGCAGGGUCUGGGGCCCUGGAGGCUUCACCUCUUCCCACCUGGAAGCUGGAGCCACAGUUGCUGCAGUCUGGGCCCAGGCAAUGUGCCCUCUGGAGUCCUGGGGACUGCUGGGGCCAGCGCAGUCCCGAGCUGAGAGGAGGGAUCACAAGUAAGGGAGAGCCAGCCGGGAAGGAAGAGCUUCCCAGGUGGAUGGAGAUUCUUGGAAGAGCCCCCGCCAAAGCCCCAGGUAUCCUGGGUGAAGCCUCUUUACCUCUCUGGAAGAUGACAGGGGCUCUUGUUUCUACCCAUGUUGGGUCAACCUGAAACUGCCAGCCAGUAGGAAAACAAGGACUCUCCGGAGUGAGGAGAGAAAUGGAAAUGAGAGCGAGCAGGGCCCUGAGGGCUUCCAUCUCACUGCUGUUGAGGACUGCUAAACACUGUUGUUUAAAGAUCUGACACUGAAGGCCUGGACUGAGCUUUGGGGAAGGGGAAGUUUCAAUAACAUGACACUAAAAAGGCACAGACUUCUAAAAAGUUCCCCCCAUAGUUGUUUUGUACAAAUGCAUGCCUGUGCACAUUGGGGAUUUUUGGACAGGCGUGCCCUGUGAUCUUGUGGUAGAGGCAGAAGGAAAUUGUCACCUGAGCAGGGUAGGACCUUGCUAGGUAGGGAAGGAGGGCUAACAGUCUUCAGUCCUCUGUGUCCAGCACAGACCUUUGCCCUUUCUGUGGAAACACAGAGAGACGGAG